AUUGUGUGCUUAGGAAACAUGACAAACAUACUAAUAAGUAUCUACAAUCGAUAUCAGACCAAAAACGAUUCUUUCUAUUUAAGCAAAUAAAGUGAGGUUAACUUCAAGAUAUAACAUGGACUUGAAAAAUGAUAGACCGAAAACUACACAAAAAAAAUCCUCUCGCAGUUGAUAAUUACUCGUAGGGUAUAGGCCGGGCUCAAUUGAUAACAACCCAGGCAUCAAUGGACCCAGGUGUAUUCUUUGGAUCUGAUAAACGAGUGAGUAUUCACAGUCGGUACCAGAACGAGAAAUGGAUGAAUCAUUUACGAGAGGCCACUGGCCUUUCAUUCUACAAGCUGCUAGGAUAGUAAGAUACUCCAAAAGAGCUGUUGAAGCUUCAGGAUCACAUCAGGAGUAGUAAUAAAAUACUCUGAUCAUGAUGUUGUGGAUUUUGUGAUUUUAAGUGAAUUUUUUAUCAUUUAUUUUUAUUCAUUUUAUCGAACAAAUUGUAUGAUAAAAUUAUUUGAAUGUUUUUGUGAUCAUCAGUAGCACUAUGAGUGAGUGGAACUCUAGCAGCAAGUAGUUUCGUCUGCUAGUUCUAGACGGCGGCUACUUUGAUUGUUGGAGAUGUUGGAGGUGGGCUUGAGGGUGGUGAGAGGCCACGACUGGAUAUGGAAAGACCAGGAUGGUGGAGAGGGUCAUGCUGGAACAGUAGUGGAAAUUGGCAAACCUCCUGCUCCACAGGUUAAUGGAACAGCAACAACUAAUUCUACAGACAAAACGCCUGACAAAACAGUCAUUGUCCAAUGGGAUCAUGGAUCCAGAAGCAAUUACAGAAUCGGUUACCAGGGUUACUACGACUUGCUUGUGUUUGAUAAUGCAGCAGCUGGUGUGCAACAUAACAAUAUAAUUUGUGACGGAUGUAAAAGACAUGGAAUUGUUGGUAUUAGAUGGAAAUGUGGUCAGUGUCAUGAUUACGAUCUGUGUACCCAGUGUUACAUGGGGGAUGUUCAUGAUUUAAGCCAUUCAUUUCAGAGAUUUCAAACAGCUAAUGCAGUUGGGGUUCAACUAAGUCCUAGAGAAGGUUGCACAAAAAUUCCACUAAAAGGUAUUUUCAUUGGAGCUACAGUGAUAAGAGGACCUGAUUGGGAAUGGGGUAAUCAGGAUGGAGGACCUGGGAAAACGGGAAGAGUGAUUGAUAUUCGUGGAUGGGAUAAUGAAAGUAGUCGUUCAGUGGCAACAGUUACGUGGAGAUCAGGAAGCACAAAUGUUUACCGACUUGGAUACAAAGGUUGCGUUGAUCUUUGUUAUAUUGAAAAGUCUACUUAUGGAACUUAUUAUAAAGAACACUUGCCAGUCCUUGGCCAGACAGUUAUGACAAUGGUUGAGGACGAAAAUGCCACCGUCCAGUGCGGAAACGUAUCUAGCACAUCUAGUCCAUGUCAUUUAACAUUUAAUGUUGGUGAUAAAGUGAAAGUUUUACGUGAUGCAGAGUCACUCAAGGAGAUGCAAGUUGGUCAUGGAGGAUGGAAUCCAAGAAUGGCCGAUUAUAUUGGCAAAAUUGGUACUGUUCAUCGAAUAACAGAUAAAGGUGAUAUUCGAGUACAAUAUGAAGGAUGUAACAAUCGAUGGACAUUUCAUCCACGAGCACUUACCAAAGUUACAAGUAAAGAUACUUUUGUUCUUGGAGACAUUGUACGGGUAAAGAGUGACGCUGCACUCGUUAAAAAUUAUCAACAGGGUCAUGGUGAAUGGAUUGAUGUCAUGAAGAGUGCUCUAGGAAAAUUAGGAAAAGUCAUAAAAAUUUACCCAGACGGAGAUCUUCGUGUCACAUUAGACGGCCACACAUGGACAUUCAACCCUCUUAGUGUAGUGAAAAUUGCCAGUGGACAAGGAAUUAAUAAUCAUGCGGAAUCACAACGGACACAGGGUACUGAUCCUUCGCCAACUGAUGGUGCAGCAAUAGAAAUAGAAAAGCUUCUUCGUGAUGCAGCAAGAGGUGAAGCUGGUUUAUCUGCAGUGCGUGAAUUUUUACGAAAGUAUUCCGGAAGUGUAGAUGUACGGCCGAGUGGAAUUUGUGGUGGUAAAAAAACGUUUUUACAAGUUGCUGCUCAUCAAGGUAAUCGUGAACUAUGUGUUCUUCUGCUUGAUGCCGGUGCAUCACUUCGGGCCGUAGAUGAAGAUGGUGAUCCACCGUUACAUUAUGCUGCAUUUGGGAAUCAAGCUGGAGUGAUGGAGCUGCUAUUGAGUAGAGGAGCGCCAAUAGAUGCUGUGAAUAAUAGUGGUUGUACUGCUCUUCACGUGUCUGUUAAUAAAGAAAAUACAGCAUGCGCGCAGGUGUUGCUGCGUCAUGGUUGUAACGUGAAUCUCCAGGAUUCUUAUGGUGACACUGCACUACAUGAUGCUAUUAGCAAGGAUACCACUGAGAUCAUGGACGCAUUAAUAAAUUAUGAAACGGUUGAUUUCAUAGUGCAAAAUAAACGUGGAUUUAAUGUUCUCCAUCAUGCUGCAUUGAAAGGAAAUGCACAUGCAACAAGAAAACUUAUGAUGAGAAUUCAACAUCUUGUUGAUGUAAAAAAAGAUGAUGGUUUUGCAGCUUUGCAUCUUGCUGCUCUUAAUGGCCAUCGUGAAGUUGCUGCAUUAUUAUUAUCAGAUACUGGAGGUAGAGCAACAGUAGACCUUAGAAAUAAUCGAAAACAAACUCCUCUGCAUUUAGCUGUGUCUCAAGGACAUUGGGCGUUGGUGGAGCUCCUUUUAAAGCAUCAUGCAGAUAUUUUAGCAACUGAUGAAGAUGGAGAUACAGUUUUGCAUAUAGCUAUUGCUAAAAGCCGACAUCAAUCAGCAACACCUACUAGUGAAAAUCAACGUGAUGCUCCGAUGAUAAAUGCGAUUUGGCAGGAUUUAACAGCUCAAAAUGGACCAACGGAAUUGACGCUUGCAUGCUUUCUCGUCAGUGUAGAGAAUUAUGGUUCGUUUUUAAUGCAAACAAAGAACUCGAAAGGAAAAACACCGUUAGAUCUUGUACCUUCAGAGAGAUCAGAUCUUAACGUAGCUGAUUUGCUACGUUCAUACUUUCAUUUCCGUCGUAGGCAUGCUCCUGAAAUUGAGAGACCUACUGCUCCACCAACCAUUGAAGAAUCACCCAGCUAUACUAUCACAGCAAUAGUUGAAGGGAAAAAUGAAGACUGCAAAAAUGGUCCUCACAAAUCAGGAAAUGUUUCGACAAAGAGAGACAGUCCUGUAAAAGCUGAAGAAAGAUUACAAAGCGAUGAGGUAACUAAAAAAGAAGAGAAAAAGGAGAGGGAAAAGGAUAAAGACUUGGAGAGACUACGUUACCUAGAAACAAGAGUAGCUGAUCUUGAAGAAGCAAAUAUGUGCAGUAUUUGCAUGGAACGAAGACGCAAUGUAGCAUUCCUUUGUGGACAUGGUGCUUGUGAGCAUUGCGCAGCACCUCUUAAAACAUGUCACAUGUGUCGGAAAACUAUUACCAAAAAGAUCAAUCUUUAUUAGAUAAUUUGAUUUUUAUACUUGUAAAAUUCCAACUGCCAAACCCAAUUAUAUGAUAGUAAUUUUUGCCUUUUGAUGCUACUCGUAGCUCAAAUGAAUUUUUCUAUUGUGAGCGAUGUGCCAUAACCGAAGGAACGAAAGCGAUAUUUUAUUCGCUUUAGAUCCUUUAAUUAAUCCCUCGUUGAAGAUUUUUGUAUACGUAACAUAUUUGUAAACUAUUUUUUUUAAUGCGUACUCUUAAUUUUUCGAUAUUCUUUUUAACCAUUUUUCACAUGUACUUCCACUCGUGCGAAUAUUGACCAAUUAAUUGAUAAAUGUCCAUUUUAGAGCCUAUUUUUGACUACUUAAUCAUCUUUUUCUCUCAUUGCUCUAUGGUACAUUCUCGUAAUUAUCAAAAAUUUUAACUAAAAUAGAGUUUUCGAUGAAUUUAAAAUAAAUGUGGCGUAAUAAAAGGAAUUUAUGAUCUGUUUUUAAUAUUGACCAUGAUUAAUCAUUUGAAAAAUAAUGGUGUUUAAUACCAAAUAAAUUAUAUAUAAAUUUUUUCGCAAUAAAUGACAGGGAAAUAUGUCAUUUAUGAUCGAAUUUCAUGAAAAAUAUGUAUACUUAAUAAUCCAAUAUAUUUGAAUGUU